GAGGUCUCACUGCCACUGCAGAAGAAUGAGUUGGGGGAGAAGGAGGGGAUGACAGACUUGAGAAAAUGCAGUCAGCAAGACUUCGUAAUAGAGCUGUAGUCUACGAGAGAGAGACUUGUCAAACCUUCAAAUAAUCUCAUCCAAGCGGAUUUAUAAUAAGCUAUUCAUUUGCUUUUUUUGGUCAAAACCAGGAUCAUUUUUUCCGCAUUUCGAGUAGCCUACAAGGUCACAAUUGUAUUUUUGCUUUAUCCCAGUGAACGUGCUUUGUAUUGGAAGUCUUUCGGAUUGGGUGGAGAUCAAACCGUGAUGGCCUCGGAGUCGGAGAGGAAUAAACGGCUCUUGCAAGAUGUCCUGGCCAAACCUGGAAACGAUGUAUGUGCGGACUGCGGCAAUGCAGAGCCAGACUGGGCGUCAGUGACUCUGGGUGUGUUUGUGUGCCAGGGCUGUUCCCUCCUCCACAGAGGCGUCCCCCACAUCAGCAGGGUCAAGUCUGUCCAGCAGGAGACAUGGGACGCCUCAGAGGUCGAGCUAAUGGCUGCUAUGGGUAAUGAAGCAGCCAAAGCCAAGUACGAACAGAAGGUUCCAGCAUUCUACUACAGACCCAAACACACAGACUGCAAGCUGCUGCGGGAGCAGUGGAUCCGAGCCAGGUACGAGAGGAACGAGUUUGAGUUCAUCGAGAAACAGGAGCCGUACUCUGCAGGGUACAGAGAGGGGUUUCUAUGGAAACGGGGGCGGGACAACGGUCAGUUCUUCAGCCGGAAAUUCAUCCUGUCAGAACGAGAGGGGGCGCUCAAGUAUUUCAACAAGCAGGACUUUGUGUAUCUCCCACAGGCACGGGACCCCAAGGCGGUGAUGAAAAUCGAGACUCUCAAUGCCACGUUCCAGCCGGCUAAGAUAGGCAACCCCUACGGCCUGCAGAUCACCUACCUGAGAGACAACAGCACCAGGAACAUCUUUGUCUACCACAACGACUCUAAGGAAAUGGUGGACUGGUUCAACGCUAUCAGAGCUGCCAGGUUUCAUUACCUUCAGGUGGCCUUCCCUGGAGCCAGUGAUGAGGAGCUGGUGCCCAAACUGACGCGUAGCUUCAUGAAGGAGGGCUUCAUGGAGAAGACAGGCCCAAAGCACACAGAGGGCUUUAAGAAGAGGUGGUUCACCAUGGACGACAGGAGACUCAUGUACUUCAAAGAUCCUCUGGAUGCCUAUGCAAGGGGAGAGGUGUUCAUUGGCAGUAAAGAGAACAGCUACACGGUGCUCCCAGGCCUUCCCCCCUCAACCCAGGGCUACCACUGGAACCAUGGCAUCACCAUAGUAACACCAGACAGGAAGUUCCUGUUUGCCUGCGAGACAGAGGCGGAGCAGAAGGACUGGAUCGCUGCCUUCCAGAGGGUCAUCAACAGACCCAUGAGACCACAGGAGUACGCAGCAAAAUCAAUGACGAGACCUUCAUGCUGCCAGUCUCUGCAUGAUUGAAGAAGGCAAUGGAGCUCCGCCGGAUCUUUUAAAAAAUGGCGGGUGGGGAAGCGAAAGCUACUGUGUCAUAGUGAAAGGGGGAGAUAUGUCAUGUGGGAAAACUGCUUUCUUCACCCGAUUUGUCCAAUUUAUCACCUCUAAAAUGUAAAUAAAACACUAUCUCGUUACAUACCUAUUUGAAGGUUUGUGUCGAAUUUUAAAAGGGUUUUUAGGGCGGCGCUAAAUGUAUCUUCACAAUUAAACUGUGGUUGUCACGGUCUUUCAGAGUCAUGUUGGCUCGCAGUGAUUACGCAAAGAAAAAAUACAAUUGAUUGAAUUAACUAUUGAUGAACUCAAGAGUAAUUAACUUUACGAUCACCAUUACACUCACCAUUGAUCAUUUCUUGUUUUUAAUCUGCGAGAGAAGCGCUACACCUGGUGGAAAGAGGCUGUAAGGCACAGAAUCAGUUUCAUAAUGGGUGCCGUACGUUACGUCGUGACACAUCACAAUUUAACGUACAGCGUCACAGGGGUCAGUUUUUCAACUUUUCUCCAAUACUAUGGGCUAUUACCAUAUCAAUCAACGCUUGAAUAGAAACGUAGUUAACACCCCAGAUUUUGAUGCCAACACAGUCGCUACAGUCCCAUUAGUUUUCAUUGCAGCCUUGUUUGAAUGCCGCGGUUGCGCAAAUGUGUACGGAUUGGGGUUAGUCACCGUUACUUUUGGGUGUCAGGGAAAAUGUAUGGAGUAAAAAGUACAUUAUUUUCUUUAGGAUU